AUGAGCACGCCAGACGACCCGCAAAUCAAAGACCCAGCAACCACGCCGCCGGCGUCAUUGCAGGUCCCCUCAGGCCGGAAGGGCACCAAGAAAGUUCGGACUGGAUGCCGGAAAUGUGACGGCUAUUUACCCUCGUCGAAGCCGGGGAGCAGCAAUGAUGGCAGUCCCGGUUCCGACGAUAGCAUUUCUCGCUUGAGCCCAGCAGUCUCAGCCUUUGCCGACUGGGCCGGCGGCUCUAGAGAGCAGCGUGCGUUUGACUUCUAUCGCAACUUUUCCGCCCCAUCUAUAUUUAGCGACGGAGUCGCCUCGACUCUGUGGAAGAAAUUGGUACCGCACUUUUGUCACGCCGAGCCCGCCAUUCGCCAUGCCGUCCUCGCUAUCAGCAGCCUCCAUGAAUCACUCGCACUACCCUCAACUUCGGAUCCAAUUACUGAAGAAGCAAAUAGCCCUCGUAUGCUUACCAACACUUUUGCAGCGGAGCAAUAUGGCAAGGCCUUGAAGUGCCUUCAGGAGUGGAAACCGACAGCAUCAUCGCCGGCCACCGUCCCGCUCUUGGCAUGCUUGCUGUUCAUAUGCAUCGAAUUUAUGCUUGGCGACGAGGGCGCAUCCCAAGUACAUAUCAACCAAGGCCGCACCAUUCUGUCGCAACUUGAGCCCUCUGCCGAUGUGGAUGUGAUUAAGAAGCAUUUCGUGCCCAUCUAUAGUCGACUUGGCCUCGCAUCCUUCCUCUUUGGGAGCUUCCCCGCCGCCAUACCCGCCACCCUUAAAUCGAGUACGGCAACGAGUCUAUACUUUGCAUCUGUCGACGAGGCCGAAGUGUCAUUAUACGAACUCAUCGAUGACGGCUUGAGGUUCACGGCGCAGGCUAAGAGAGCCGUGUAUUCCUGCCAGCCAGACGAUCCGACCUUGCUGGACCUGGCCCAUGAACAAGACGACUUUCUCGCACGGUUGUCACGAUGGCACAUUGCAUUUGUCGUGGUCUCAGCCACCGGUAUUGACGACAACCUGAGCAAACGAAAGUUGUGCAUGGUUUAUUACCACGCAGCCAAGAUUGCGAUCAGUACGGCCAUGGACCCCAAGGAGAUUGCUUUCGAUACGCACACCACAGCCUUUGCGUCCAUUGUCAGCAGUUCGGCAGAAUUUGUACAAGCCACACGCAAGACGGUUCGUGACCCGUCGGAAGCCGCCAAGUCGAUGCCCAAGUUUGUUUUCGACACCGAGGUAAUCCCGCCGCUUUACUACGUGAGCAUCAAAUGUCGACACCCGAUGCUGCGGCGAGCGGCCGUGAAUCUCCUCAAGCAAGACGCUGUGACGAAUCGGAGGGAGAACCUAUGGGAUGCCCAGAUGCUGGCUGAGAUCGGCAAGCGCUGCAUAAAUAUCGAAGAAGAGGCGGCGCGUUACCGCGAGGAGGCGUUUGACAUCACAGCUGGUUGGGAUACGGCAUCUUGGGAGGGUUCCGAUGGCGUGCCGGCCGGCCUCUUCCCGGCGGAGAUGGAAUCCGGGAUGGAGUGUGACUACCCCGUUCCUCGAUUCCAAUACCCGCAGAUCCCCAAAGCAACAAACUCGCAACAAAAUGAGGAGUAUGAGAGAACGCGGAUUCUUGUCAAUGAUCUGAUGCUGGAUAGCCACCUGACGCCCGGGUCUGCGUCUACGGGAUCAACGCCAUCAUCCGGGAGCAUUGGUAAUUUUGGCGCCUACCAGCUCGAGCCGCCCUUUGGCCUUCCGGAGCAUGCGAGGAUCAAGAACGCUCUAAUUGACAAUGAGCAAAGGCGAGGUAGCUGGGUGACCAUAUUUAUGGAUCCUGGAGAGGCUGGGGCGGCGAACUGGAAGGUUACCAAAGAAUUCAUAUCAAGGUGA